CCACUCCAGCCGUCCUGAACUACACCAAGACACCCGCCACAAUGUCAGGGCACAAAGCGAAACCAUUGCCUUGCAGAUCCAACAUCAGCCAACCCUGUGGCACGAAGAGAGAAAGUUUGAUAUGCACAGCACCGUCGCCGAGGUUGGAGCCCGCUAGAGCGCACACGCGAAUGUCCGAUGCAACACAUUGACGGGCCGUUACCAACGCCGGUGCCGCUGAAGGGAUACAUGAAGGUAGCGUAGUGGGCAAGAAGGUCCAAAAGAGUGAUCAAAGCCGGCCACGAGUCCCCUAUCGUGAUCUCAAUAACGGAUACAUGCUUCACAAGCUGGGCUGCCGAAACCGUGACCCCGAUGUCCAGAAGAGGACUGUAUGUGCUGCGCUGUACCUGGAUGUAUCCCUUCUGCCACAGGGAUGACGAUGGUUGCAGUCAGAACCUGUGGCAGGCGGUAUAGGAGCAAACUCAACGGGCCAACAGGCCAUACACAGUACAGUCCCAGCAGGCACCGACAUCACAAUCAUCCUGGCCAUCAAGGAACAAGAUAGCCGUCGCCAGCCAGGAGCCCAACUCUCCGUGGUGCACCCCGUCCCCGCUACCACCAAGUGCAGGCUCUCCACCAACAGAGCACUCAGUACGGCGAACCAACAGGCCAUAAUGAAACCACCAGGUCUCCCUACAAGGCUCAAGCCAUCGUUGACAAGAGGCGGAUCGAAAUUCAACAAGCACAGCAGGAGCCUGACUUACGGCUACCGCUACAGGGCCCAGUGCGACAGCUUCCAGGUCAGCGCUCCUGGCCAGAUGCAGAGAACGGGCCCGAGAGCAGCACAUCUAGCCAAAGGAACGGAGCACCACGUUGCCACCGGAAUCCAUCGCCGGAGCAGGGAGAAGCGGCGGCUUGCCCGUGGACGAACACACAACGAGUGGCAUCUCCAGCCGCAUUACAGGCUACCACUACACCUAGUCUGCUGCAUCCGCAGCCUGGUGCCUGGUGUUCCUUCUAGAGUGCACAAAUCUAAACUGCGGGCGAGAUGCUGCACUUGCUGAUCAGUGCAUAUGACGCUCAUUAGCCAAGCUGUGCACGAGAAUCUGCCACGUCCGAAAAGAUGAUUUACGUCCAUAGGACAGCUCCGUGCGGCGGACCACGUGCCACACAGCAUCGAUGGUCGAUAGUUGGUUCCAGCAGGUAUUCACCAGUCUCUGUAUCCUACUGGACUAACCAAUCUUCGCUGUUCCGAACAUCGGGCCAGGAACAUGCAGUAUCCGGACUGGAACAGGGGAGAUUAGAAGGCCUAACACAGCAAAAGGCCAGGCUUAUUCCACAUGGCAAGGUAAGUCCGGAGACGAUGGAGCAUCUGCCAUUAUGACGAUGCGACUACGAAAGGGAGGGUGUAAUGCCUUAUCUAUAGUACCCAUGACUGUGAGUGGGAACUGCCCAGUUGAUUCCGGAGCCCCCAGCCGAAAGGAAACACCGAAACAACCAGGGGUCUAUCUAAGUCUUGCAUGUAUCGGCGGAUUGAGGGCACCACCUGCAUGGGCAAGAUUCAUAAACCAGAAGCUGUCAACACGGACCAAUUCUUGCGAGGAAGGCUAAUCAGCGUUUCCUCGCAAAAAAAGGAUGCCCGCAGCAAGUUGAGAAAGCAGAAAAGAAAAAGAGUGGUGUCACAGAGGCAUUUGAAACCAAGAGAUUGGCGGGAUCGUGCUAGGUGAGAUCUCGCCCGUCAAUCUGCGCCAAGACCGGCCGCCGUGAUCUCCCCGUCGUUUCAGGACAGGGACCAACCCUUGUGCAGCUGCCCUGGGACUUCUGGUUACUGUAUAUCGCAGUUGUCAACACGGUCUGGCAUCGAAAUCGAAGCAAUCCGAUUCGAUAGUCUACCAUGCCUUGCUGGUCGAGAGUGCAAUAGCUGCAUUCGGUCCGCACCAGGACUACCAACUCCUUGCUGGUACACCAAUGGUGCGACAAGACAACCCUUGUUACCGGCGGGUCGAUUGCUAUAACGUCUGUUCACAAGUAUAAGCGACAACAGAUCUUACCAUGGCAGUCCGAUGCACCAUGGCAUGUGUACUUUUCAUUGUUUUGUCCUGAAGAUACACAAAGUAUUUAAUGCGCCUGGUUCUCUGAACGAUAUCCUCUCCUCACCACUCAACCAGAAGUUCAUUCAUUUCCCUGUCGACACAGGUUGUUGUCGCUCCUUCCCUCUCGUUCGUUAUUAUUUGUUCCUUUUUACUCUUUCAUAUUGCCGCCCGGUGCUUGACUCUAAAGAAUGUAUCGUUCAAUCCCAUCCGUUCUAUUUGCUUCGACUGCGCUCCUAAGCCUGUCCCAGGCUUCGGCAUCGGUCCAGGGCCCGUGGGAACAAUGUGGUGGCAUUGACUGGACCGGAGGCACCUCAUGUGCGCAAGGCUGGACCUGCGUCGUGCAAAACCCAUGGUACUCUCAGUGCCUCCAAACCGAGACCGCUUCUUCUUCGUCAGUCGAAAGCACAGUGACACCAUCGAGCUCCCUACCAGCCCAGAGCCCGUCGCACUCCGUCUCAUCUGUUGUGAAGACUGUCACCGCAUCCAGUCUGACUGAACCAACAACAUCGACCACCAGCCCGGCAGGCCCAGCGUCCACUGGCCUCACGUAUAAGGCAUCUAUCACGCACUACGGCUCCGGAGACAGCUUCGGCUCACCAAACUGCAACACCAACACCGCGGCCUGCUUCUUCUAUACUUCACCCGGUUUCAGCGCAGCAGUCAGUCAAAACCUCUACGGCGUCGGUCCCGGUGCAGGUCAGGGUCCGGCCUGCGGAACAUGUUGGAAACUCGUUGGCGAGACCGAUUCUUCGGGCAACAAGCUCAGCAAUGCUGGCACCAGCAUCGUGGUCAUGGUGAACAACUUGUGCCCGGCCGACGGGAACCCCCUAUGUGCCCAGAACGGACUUUCCGGCACCAACCAGUACGGAGCCAAUGUGAACUUUGAUCUUUGCAGCGACAGCGGAGCCUCAGCGGCCUUCUUUGGGAACAGCGGCGUGGGACUCGCUGUCGGCUCCGCGACACAGGUCGACUGCUCGGAAUGGUCUGGUACCGUUGUUCACUAAUAUCGCUAUAGUAGUUCGAGGGUAUAAGUACCUGUACUUAGAUACUUUCUUCGCAUCUACUAUAUAUGCCCCUAGGGGAGAUCAAAUAUAUAUCUACUACUUAACUAAA